AUGAGCUGCUGGGGACUGCGUUCUGCUAAUAGCACCCCCGUCCAAUCCCAGAAAGACCCUAAAUGGUCAUUGGACACCCUGCAAAGACAGAAACGCAACUGGGUUUGGAAUCAGUUCUUUGUGCUUGAGGAAUACACAGGCAAUGAUCCGCUUUAUGUCGGAAAGCUCCAUUCAGACAUGGAUAAAGGUGAAGGAAAAGUGAGGUACGUGUUGACUGGAGAGGGAGCAACCUCAAUAUUCACUAUUGAUGAGAACACAGGGGACAUUCACACCACCAAACGUCUAGACAGAGAGGAACAGGGUUAUUACACCCUACGUGCUCAAGCUGUUGACCGCGAAACCAACAUCCCGGUGGAGGAUGAGUCUGAAUUCAUUGUGAAGGUCCAAGACAUUAACGACAAUGAGCCCAAAUUUCUAGAUGGUCCAUACACUGCUGGAGUGCCUGAAAUGUCACCUCUCGGCACCACGGUGGUCCAGGUGACGGCAACAGAUGAAGAUGAUCCCACUUACGGUAACAGUGCCAGAGUCGUGUAUAGCAUCAUACAUGGACAUCCUUACUUCUCUGUGGAGCCCAAAACCGGUGUAAUACGGAUGGCACUGCCCAACAUGGACAGAGAAACACGUGACAAGUAUGUGCUGGUCAUUCAGGCCAAGGAUAUGGUGGGUCAGAUGGGUGGUCUCUCUGGGACCACCUCCGUAACGGUGACACUCACGGACAUCAAUGACAACCCCCCACGCUUCUCUCGCAAGUCGUAUCAGUACUCAGUGCUGGAGUCGCUGCCUGUGGGGUUAGUGGUGGCCAAACUGAAGGCUUCAGAUGCUGAUAUCGGCUCUAACGCAGAGAUGGACUACCGCAUCAUUGAUGUAGAUGCACCAGGUGUCUUCAACAUCACCACAGACGAGGAGACGCAAGAGGGAGUUAUCUUUCUACAGAGGCCACUGGACUAUGAAAGUAAAAGCAGUUUCGCUCUGAAGAUAGAAGUCACUAAUCGGAACAUUGACCCUCAAUUUCUGACCUUUGGCCCCUUCAGUGACACGACAGCUGUAAAGGUCAUUGUGGAAGAUGUAAAUGAACCGCCGGUCUUCUCAAACAUGGUCAGCAAGAUGGUAGUGUCUGAGGCAGCGAGAGUGGGUACUGUCAUUGGUUCAGUAUCCGCCUGUGACCCAGACUCCUCCAGCAGUACUAUCAGGUACUCCAUAGACCGUAACACAGACCUGGAGCGGUUCUUCAAUGUAGAUUCUGUGUCUGGUGUGAUCAGUACAGCAAAACCUCUGGACAGAGAAGUCAAUUCAGUGCACAAUAUCACCAUCUUUGCCAUCGAGAACCAGGACCCAUCUCAGGUUGGCAGAGGAAUCACUCUGAUCACAGUCAUGGACAUUAAUGACAAUGCACCAGUGUUUGCUAUUGAGUACGAGACACUGCUGUGUGAGAAUACAGCUCCUGGACAGGUGAUCCAGACCAUCAGUGCAGUGGAUAAGGAUGAGCAGCCCAGUGGUCAUCGAUUCUACUUCUCUCUCGCUCUCUCUGCCACCAACAACUUCACCAUCAGAGAUAACAGAGAUAAUACUGCAUCAGUGUUGACUAAGCGUGCUGGUUUCCGGCGGCGUGAGCAGUCUCUGUAUCUGUUGCCUGUGCUGAUCGUGGAUGGCGGCAGUCCAGCUUUGAGCAGCACUAACACACUUUCUGUGCAUGUGUGUGACUGUAACAGUGAUGGCGUACCUCAAGCCUGCGGCGCUGUGGCGUUCUCUCUCUCCGCUGGUCUCAGCACCAGUGCUCUACUCACUAUACUGAGCUGCAUCCUCACUCUACUGGUUCUGAUGCUGCUGAUGGUGUCGAUGCUUCACAGACGGAAGGUUCCUCUGUUCCUCGAGGAUGAGCAAGAUGUGCGCGAGAAUAUUGUUCGGUACGAUGAUGAAGGGGGAGGGGAGGAAGAUACAGAAGCUUUCGAUAUGGUUGCCUUGCGCAACCUCAAUGUAAUUCGUGACUCGACAGCCCGCUGUGAUGUCACUCCAGAAACGCCCUCUUUCUACACGUACCCAGCUUUGUCUACAUCCAGGACAUCUUACAAAAUACUUCCUGACAACGUAGUUUUUCGAGAGUUUAUCUGGGACAGGCUGAAAGCAGCAGAUGUGGACCCCUCAGCACCACCGUACGAUUCCCUACAGAUGUAUACGUUUGAGGGAAGUGGCUCAGCGGCAGAGUCUCUAAGCUCGGUGGAAUCAUUAAGCUCAGAUUCAGAGCAGAGUUACGACUACCUCAGCAAUUGGGGGCCGCACUUCAAAAAACUGGCUGACCUGUAUGGAAAUCUUGAAGGAAGCAAGAGCGAUGUUGCUAUGGCUCUGAGAUGGUAUGGGGAUGCUGCUGAUCAGUCAGUGACCUUGCCUCCUCUCAGCAUCAGUGCUCUCAAUUUAGCUGGUUUGAAGCUCAUUCUUGCCCAUGAGAUGAGCCUCUCGAGCCCCUGCAAGAUCCACCUCGCACCUGGUACAGAUGUUGCAGUCACUGUAAGGUCAUCCAUGAAUGCUCUAAUAGGGGGCUGCCGCACCCCUGAUUUAGACAAGGGGCCCCUGCAGUCCACCUCUACAAAUAAUUUGAAUUUGCAUGAACCCAGACUGCGUGUUUAUUGGAAAUAG